AUUUAGUCCUUCUGAGAAGCAUCGCGCUGGAUUUAAAAAUAGCAGGUUGCCCUUAAAAAUGUCAAGAAAAAACAAAGCAAUUUUUGAGCGAAUUGGCAGAAGAAAGCUUCUUCAAACAGAUGAUGGUGCUGAGGUGGUCCCGAUAAGUGACCUCGUGAUAGUUAGUAAAGAUGGAAGUGGGAACUUCACCACCAUUAAUCAAGCUUUGGCGAUAGCUCCAAAUAACUCACUAGCUAGUGAUGGAUAUUUCCUGAUAUAUGUUGUUGCAGGGGUUUACGAAGAAUAUGUUACUAUUCCAAAGAACAAGAAGUACUUGAUGAUGAUAGGGGAUGGCAUCAAUCAGACUGUGAUCACUGGCAAUCAUAACGUUGUCGAUGGAUGGACCACGUUCAAUUCCCCAACAUUUGCUGUGGUGGGGCAAGGAUUUGUAGGUGUGAAUAUAACAUUCAGAAACACAGCGGGAGGAAUCAAGCAUCAAGCAGUUGCAGUAAGAAAUGGAGCGGAUCAGUCUACUUUCUAUAGCUGCAGUUUUGAGGGAUACCAAGACACUCUCUACGUGCACUCUCAAAGGCAAUACUACACAGAAUGUGACAUCUAUGGCACGGUAGAUUUCAUAUUUGGUAACGCCGCUGCAGUAUUUCAGAAUUGCAACAUUUAUCCACGACUUCCAUUGGCCAAUCAGUUCAAUGCCAUCACGGCUCAAGGAAGAAUUGAUCCGAAUCAGAACACAGGCAUUUCUAUACAAAAUUGUAAUAUCAAAGCUGCUGAUGAUUUGGCAUCUAGCAAUGGGACUACACAGACCUAUCUAGGAAGGCCCUGGAAACAAUACUCAAGGACUAUAUACACUCAAUCUUUCAUGGAUAGCUUAAUUAAUCCUGCUGGAUGGCGUGAAUGGUCUGGAGAUUUUGCUCUAAGUACAUUAUACUAUGCUGAGUUGGGCAACACGGGACCAGGAUCAGUAACUAAUAAACGGGUCACAUGGCCUGGAUUCCACAUAAUUACUGCUAAAGAAGCGGCUAAUUUCACAGUAUCUAACUUCUUGCUAGGAGAUGACUGGUUACCACAGACAGGGGUGCCUUAUGCUGGGGGCUUAUAACUGAACUACAUUGAAGUUUUACUAUUGAUUGUGUACUGAAGAACUGGUAUUAUUUUCUCAAGCAUUCUAGGCUUACCUAGCUAUAUAAGCUGGUGUAGUAGAUUAUUAGAGUAAUAUAGCACAAGUUGUUUCCUUACU